ACUGUUCAUUUAUUUAUGCUUACAAUAAUACCACUACUCUCCUUCCUAAUCUAUCUGUAUCUCUUUCUCUCUCUCAAUUAGUCCCCAAUUUCACAACUAAUCUACACACACAUGUAUAUUUUAUCAUAACUCUAUCUUCAUCGCAAUGCCUCUCGUGACCGGCGAUCGUUACCUCGAGUCUCUCGUCAAAUUCGUCGACAAACUCGCCGGAAAUCUAAUCGACGGCACCGUAACUCUCAAACUGAAUCCAGUAGGUCUCCACUACGUUCAAUCGAGACUCGAAGCUUUAUCGGAGCUCGAAUCGCUUCUCCACGGAGCUCCGGUCGAUUAUCUCCGUGCUUAUAUCUCCGAUUUAGGUGAUCACCGUGCCCUAGAACAACUCCGCCGGAUUUUACGCCUGUUGACGUCGUUAAAAGUUGUGUCGGUGCUUCCGCCCAAUAUUAGGGAUCCGACAAGGUUGUCGUUGCUGCCGUUUGAGAGAUUGAAGGUGUUGGAGCUUCGGGGAUGUGAUUUGACUACUUCAGCCGCACGGGGAUUGUUGGAAUUGAGGCAUACUUUGGAGAAAUUUGUGUGUCAUAAUUCCACUGAUGCUCUUCGGCAUGUAUUUGCAAGCAGAAUUGCUGAGAUAAAAGAUUCUCCCCAGUGGAAUCGAUUAAAUUCUGUUUCAUGUGCUUGUAAUGGAUUGCUUCUUAUGGAUGAGUCUUUGCAACUUCUUCCUGUUGUUGAAACCUUAGAUUUAAGUAGAAACAAGUUUACAAGGGUAGAUAAUCUGCGUAAGUGUAUCAAUUUGAAGCACCUAGAUCUCGGGUUCAAUCACCUGAGAACAAUUGCAUCAUUAAAUGAGCUUUCUUGUCGAGUUGUUAAACUUGUUCUUAGGAACAAUGCUCUUACAACAUUGCGUGGGAUUGAAAAUUUGUUGUCACUCGAAGGGCUUGAUCUCUCCUACAACAUUCUCUCCAAUUUUUCAGAGCUGGAGAUUCUUUCUGGUCUCACGCAUUUGAAAAGCCUGUGGUUAGAAGGAAAUCCAUUGUGUUGUGCCAGAUGGUACCGUGCACAAGUAUUUAGCUUUUUCCCUGGACCAUAUGAAAUGCAGCUGGAUGAUAAGAGAAUGUCUAGAGAAGAGUUUUGGAAGCGACAAAUUAUCAUUGCCAGAAGGCACUCACGGCCUGCUAGUUUUGGGUUUUAUUUUAAAGCAAAAGAUAAUGCUGGAUUAGAGGUCCCUAUCAAUACAAAACCAAAAAAGAUUUCGCGUCUUGCGAAUAUUGAAAGUGAAGAGCAGAGUCCAUCUGUAUGUUCUGAUCUGGAGUCAGUUGAAUGUGAAAAUGAAAUCCCAGGUAAAGUGGAUAAUAGUCUGGAUGAGAAAGACGAAAUAGUUGAUCUGAUAAAUAGAAUUGAGUUGAUGAAAAGAGAGCGAUCCAGUCUCUGGUUGGAGGAGCUUAAAGAAUGGAUAAAUCAUGAUCCAAAAUCUUCUAUUGACGGUGCUCAAUAUAGUGGCAAUGUAGUUGAUCCUGAUCAGAUAAAUUGUCCAGAAAGCAAUUCAAGAUAUCAACAACUAGGCAAGUCCUCAAAAUAUGUGGCCGACUCUGCUCAUGUUUCUUCUAUUGAUAGUAGUGUGUAUGCUCUGGAGUGUGAUCCUGGUUUUAGUGGCCGGCAGUAUUAUGAUCCAAUUAGUGAUGUAUCUACAACAUUGUCCAUGAGGCAUGUUGAUGUAGAGGGGAUUCCUUUUGUUGAAGGAAGCAAUUCUAGCCCGAGGCAUAUGCUAUCGCCUUGUACAGGAGGUGCUCAGCCCGUUUCUUGUGUUGUCCAAGAAAAUGAUGGGGUUACGAUGAAAAGAACUGUCAGACCUUUGGCUGCUAUUGAUGAAAUUAUGGAAUCGCAAUCAUCAACAGCUUGCCUGAGUUCACCACCUCAUUAUCAGGAGGAUAUAUUGCAUCGUCGACAAAACUUAGAGGAAGAGCUUUUUCAGAUAUCAGCAGAGUCCUAUUCAACUGCAUCUACGGAUAGCAAUACAAGUGAUAGUGAUGAUGAUUCUGCUGAAUUUUGUACACCUCAAGUUGAUGCAUCAUUUAUAGAUGAGCCUUUGGACAAAAGUGUCGAUGAAUUCGAUUUUACUGUAAGUUAUUCUGGUGAACCUUCUUAUAAGAAAAGGUACGAUGUUCCAAAACCCACACACAAUGGAAAUCAUUUGCUUGACUCAGAUGCAAGACAAAUUUCUGGUAUCACUGAAGACAAGGAACCAUACUCUUCUGAACUAUUACAAGACAUGUUUUGUAAUGUACAACAGGAGGGGGACUGUCGGAAGAAUAAAAAUUGUAAAAGGAUUUCAAGGAGAAGAGUUGUCUCACUGGUAGACAGAGAUGCUGCGGAUGAUGAGGGGGUGCCGUUGCCCGAAACUCUGGAUGCUUCAAGGGUUGAUGUGGUAGACAUAACAAAGAGACUAAUCUCCCUUGACAGUGAUAUACAUACCUGUGAAAAUGCAGGCUUAACAUCACACUCUGAACCCAGCGGGAAUAUUCUCUCUGAAACAAAAUCAGGAUAUCUGGGAUCAGAUGAUUUCAUUGUGAAUCAUUUUAAUUCAAAUGUUGCUGAUUCUUUAGUCCAAGAAACUUGUAGACAGUAUGUGCGCUGCAGUUCUUUUAUUGGCACGAAUGGUGAUUGCAAAGAAUGUGAACUAGUUGUAUUGCGGAGUAGCGAACAAAAGCUGUAUAUGCUACUCAUCAGCAAUGAAUAUGAUGGGUCAGAGACUACGUUGAGUUUAAUUGGCUGCCAUAAAAUUGAGGAUGUUAAGGAGGUUUUAGUUGGUUUAGGACUUCAUAUAGUAAGGGUAUACAUUGAGAAGAAUGGAACAUAUCUAUUUCUUACCAGGAGCCUGGAAAAAUCAAGGCAACUGUUCUGCAUAUUGGAUAUCCUGGAUCCAUAUAACACAAAGGACGGCUUAAUCUUAAGGAGCUUGGAGCAGGUUCAAGUAGAUUUAAUUUCCAGGAAUUUUCUUGGAGGCUCCAAUACGAGCAUCUUUCAGUUCUCGAUGGUUCUCCACUGGCGAUGUACUUUUACAGAGGACUCGUGGCUCUCAAGAUCUCUUUUCGUCCUGGAAAGACAUUUGCUUCUUUGCAUUGAAGACUUUUUGCAGUUCGGAUCUUUAACUGAGAUUUCGCCUUGCUCAUCCUACUUCUCGUUUGAUUCAUGCUGCUCCAUUGUUGAUGUGCAGGAGUUGGUCAUAGAAAGCAGUGAGAGUUUGUGCUUAACGUUGGCUGUUAAAAAGGUCAUGUCAAAGCUCUGCCUUGACAAAACAACUAAUGAAGUGGGGACCAUACACUCUCCAGCAGUUCCCCUGACAUGGAAGCUCAGAUGGUUCUCUGAAGAAAGUCUUUUCAAGUUUUUGUCAUUAUUUAAGGCCCUUCAUGAUUCAGUAACAUCGGCUCCUUUAGUUGUAGUACAUAAAAUGUGAAUUCCUUUUGUGUGUUUCAUAUUUAGUUAUGUACAAAUGGUUGUUAUUAUCUGUAUAUCGGUUCUUGUUAGGUCAGUAGUUCUUUCUUAUUUUUUCAUUCUUUUAUAUCUUGUAGGAUAUUCAAACACUGUGAAUAGUUUUGAGCUACAUCUUCCCCAUUGUUCCCUAAA